GUGACUUCGUCUUCAAGACUCUGCGCUCGGACAAACACUUGGGGCGUGCCGUUGUGCUGUCUGAAGGGCACGCUCCAAUACCGGCCACGUGCAAUGACACUGACGCGGACAAAAAUCAAAGCACGAACCAAAGCAAAGAUGCGGGCGCACUCGCUGUUAAAAAAGGCGAGAGAGUAUCAGUUGAGUUUCUGCACAACCAACAUUGUUCCGAUGAGUUGCUGAGUAAGCUGAGGGUGUGCUACCAACGUAGGGACCCUUUAAAUAGCGUUCGCGGUGCGCUUGAGGUGGUGGUGUGCUAUAGUACGACGGAGUAUCGACACCUCGCCCGUACGAUACCGCAUUCUGGUGAACAUGUGCUGGAGGUUGGGUGUUCCACCGGUAAGGCGUCCGCGAUACUCAGCCGAAACUGUGGCCAGCUCACGGCUAUAGAUAUCUCAACGGAUUGCAUUGCAAAGUGUAACAGCGACAUGGCCGCGGGUGUGGGUGCGCAGUCGCACAAUACAACGUACCAUUGCUUCGAUGUGUUUGCCGAUCGGGCGUGUUUGCUGGAUAUGCUUAAUCCCAAAUCUGGUCUUGGGCAUAGCAAGCAGACCCGUAGUCCGAAAUUGGCCUGUAAACAACGCGAAACUCUUCCAGGGAGUUGUGGUUUGCCCACUACUCCUGAGGCAGCUAUGAGCACUGGCACGAACGAACUGAGUGUGAAGGAACGCGAUACGGUUCCUAGCACGGCUGUACAGAUUUCAACAGAUGUACCAGACACUAGGGCCCAAGAUACCAACAUCCACGGCAUCAACAGUCCGGCAGACAUAGGUGUGAUAUUUGUCGAUAUCGGUGGCAACCGCGAUGUGCACUCUGUAGUUGAAUUGCUGGCGUUUCUGGAGCGAUACGCUAAGGACACGUGUGAGGUGGUGGUGGUGAAGAGUGAGGCGCUGUGUGGCGAGAUGUAUGCACAACUAGGUGUUGGCCUGAGGGUCACGAGAGACGAAGGCGAAAUCAACAGCUCUUCUGGUCCAGAUAAGUGUGGGCCUGGUAUGGCGAGUGCUGGGCAAGAUUCAGAAACCCGUAUGCAUGCAUCACAGAAACAGACGAAGCCAAACGGCAUGCCUGAGAUGGUGCCGGCCCCUACUCACUCGUCCGUAGGACUGGGCGUGGGGACUGCGUGGAUGCCGAAUUGUUCUCUCUGGUGGAGCGCACUCUGCACUCGCGAGAGGCUACGUGCAAUGGCUAUCAAAGACAGCGUGGGAAAGAGUAGUACUGUACCCUUCGCCGCGAACAUGUACCACCAACGACUAAGUCCAAAGAGUUUAAAUUUUGGUGUGAGUAAGAGUUCUGGGGCUGUUUAUAUUUGUAGGUUUCACAACUAUUCCGAAAGUGGUUGCAAACAAUAUCAGGAAGCUACGCAGAUGCCAGGGUGUGAGGAGGAGUGCGUAUAUGAUCAUGAUCAUUGUCAUGCUUGUUUGCUGCCUGGCCAUAUUGCCAGACAGUGUCUGCUAGUAGAGAAGCUCGGUGUGUGGUCCGCAAACGACGCUGGAAAUGUACCAUAUUGAAAGGAAAUCCAUUUAUUAGUUGUGCCCAUGUAUCAGCAACGAUUCAUUCCCCGCACAAAAGUGGAACGGGAUGGGGUAGGUAGGUGCCAUAUCCACAGAAUUCACAACGAGAGCAAGUUGUAAGGUGAAGACUUUCAUAGGUCCGAAGUGC